UUGUUUCGGCUCUCCCAAUCCCAAUAAAAGCCCUCGAAGUAAAAGCUUUGGCAGUUGGGGCCAGAGAAAUCGAAUCGGCAUCUGUAUUCCAAGCUCGAGUCAGUAACGCAGUUCCCAAGCCCGCGUUUAGAAGUCGAGACAAUUGGAGAAACCCAUUAAGAUGCUGUCAAGAUUUGUGAUGAUCGUCGGCCUGCUGAUGCUGAGUUGGCAGUGGGCGGCGACCAUGCCCCCAGGGCAAAUUGUUACGCCCAUUAACCCGCAAGCGCCCAACUUUGUGAAGAUCUCUCAACCCGAAUUGCCGGGUCUGAACUCCUCGGAUAUUUUGGUCCAGAGCAUCUUCAGUAUCGAUCCAAGCUGUCCCAAUGGAGAGGUUGCAUCGGGUCCACGUCACACGUGUCAUCGCAUGGCUUAGACGAAUAACCUCUGCCCGGGAAUUUCAGAGAUUAAGUAAUACCCGGUCAACAACACAACUCUAGAGUGCGAUGGUAAUUGACAAGAAAAUGCCAGACGGAAACGUGCCAAAAGCUGUGUUUUGAUCGAUACUAAAAUAUAACAAAUAGACGAACAAAUAAACCAUAUAAUUAUAUGUAUAAUACCCAAGCCGAUGUUUCGGCCAAGUCAAAUAAAACUAAUCAUUUUUGACUUCA